CGUCGAACGAAAUCUACACGUUACUCUCUUCAUUUACAACCACCACCAGCUCUUCGCCUUUUCUUUCCCGCCGUCAUGGCGACCUACAAUUACGACGAGUCUGGCCAGAUGGCUGCGUACUUUGUAAUCACCUUCCUUGCUCUCAUUCUCAUUCCUCUCAGUCUGUCAACGCUCCCUUCAAGAAAAAAUAAAUCGGUCAAUGGUUGCCAAUGUAGUUCUUGUGCUCAGCAGCGGGCGUAUUUGUCGAAAGUAGAGGGCCAUAAGCCCACCACAAAAGCAGUAUUUAUCGUUGUCGGCUGGUCCAUAGUUUUCUUCCUCCUCCAUCGCGUCGCGAACACCAAAUCCGACAACAAAGUCUAUGACCCCUACGAAAUCCUCGGAAUCAAAUUGGGAACACCAGAAAAGGAGAUCAAGUCUCAUUUCAAGAAGCUUUCUCGCAUAUAUCACCCUGAUAAAGUCAGGGCGACCGUGAAUCAGACAAUUGAGGAGAUUCAGAACCGCUUCGUAGAUAUCACAAAGGCAUAUAAAUCUCUCACUGAUGAAAACAUUCGGCGCAACUGGGAGGAGUGGGGUGACCCAGACGGCAGACAGCAAAUGUCUAUGGGCAUCGCCCUUCCCACUUGGAUCAUCGAAGGCAAAAACAACGUCUGGGUGCUUGGCUUCUAUGGAUUGAUAUUCGGCGGCGGUCUACCCGUACUCGUCGGGCGCUGGUGGUUUGGCUCUCGUCAAAAGACCAAAGAUGGUGUUACUGCUCGCUCGGCUGCAUCAUUCUUCAAGUCUGUGACUGAUAGCUCAGGGAUGGACGAUGUUCUUGGACUGAUGGGGAGUGCAUAUCAGUGGGAAUGCCAGCCCGUGGUGAAAGAUCAGGACGAGCUCAGGCGUCUAGAGGGCGAAAUCAAAGGGAAGGUCGAGCGCCAGUGGAGUUCCCUAGUUAGCGCCGUAAACGACGAAAACAUCAAGCGUGCAUUGGUAUUGGUCUACGCUCAUUUGCUAAGGCUGACUGUGGCAAGUUCGAAUCUGCAAAAGGAGCAACGUCGCGUCUUACUUCAUACUCCGACGCUAUUGAACUCGCUACUGACCAUGGCCACAUCUCGAAACUGGCUCGUUCCCACGCUGGCGGUGAUGCGACUACACGGUUAUCUCACUCAGGCGUUGCUUCCGUGGCAUAGCAGAGUUGCGCAGCUGCCGGGUGUGAAACCGGACGAGGGACUUGGUGAGAGUCUUGAUCAGUUUGUCAAGACGCUCGAGGAGAAAGCAGACGCGCGUGUACCUGAUAUCAAGAAAGCAGUUGGGAAAUGGGGAAAACUCGACAUCGUGGAUGCUAGCUUCAAGGUUAUCGAUGAGAAGACAGUCACGCCUUCGUCAAUCGUAUUCCUUGUUGUCAAACUAAGGCUAGGAGCAGUAGAGGGCGUUAAACUGGAUAUUGAUACCAAAGAGAACGAAACUAAGGAUUACGAAUUCCUGAACCUUCGAAAGGAUGCAGAGGAUGUUGCUGUCAUUCCUGGAUGGGUGCAUGCACCUUAUUGGCCUGCAAACCGCAAGCCUUCAUGGUGGAUCGUCCUCGCGGACCCCAAGUCCUUGCGAUUAGCCAUACCUCCCAUUAAAAUCACCGACAUACCAUAUGCACGAGAUCUCCCUGCAUCACGGCCAUUCCGGUCGUAUAAGGUGCAGUUCCAGGCUCCUCCGAAUACGAGUGUGAACCCAUGGCGGGUAUAUAUCGUGAGCGACACGUUUGUGGGUCCAGAGUCAGAGGGCAGUGUACCGGUGACCCUGGAGGUCGUGGAGAGGAAAGCGGAUGAGGUUGAUGGGGAGGAUGACAUUUCUGAACCGGACGAAGAUACGCUAGCCGGGCAGAUGGCGAUAAUGAAAGGACAGCGGGUUAAGAAGGUACAAGAAGAGGAGAGUGACGAUGAGAGUGGCACUGAUGAUGAUGACGACGGUGACGAUAGCAGCAGUGAUAGUGAUUAGUGCAUGUUGUGAUCAAUUUCGCAUUUCCAUCCUUUCUCGCACGUCACCAAUUGCCAUCUGUCCGACGAGCGAGGUUGAAAAUUGAAAUCUUUACGAGAGAAUUCUGGUCUGCGAUCUGCAGGAUUCUAUUCGUCAACCAAGUUCACAGACCAACAUAUGGCGUUAUCCCUCAGAACAUAAUGUAGCAG